UCAAACCAACAACUGCACAACCAACUUUCUUGUUAUCAACCUCAACCAUCAACGCUGCUUUCUUCACUUUUCGCGUCUCUUAACCAAAUGGAGACCAGCAAACGUAGUCCUACACCAGAAAACUACACACCUGAAGAUCCAGAUACCGCAGCUGCUCGCAAAGAAUUAGGACAAACUGUCAUUUCGGAGAAAUCUGAUCAAUCUACAAUGUCCGCCGCACCGUCAGACCCCGCGCCCAACGCCGCGGCAAGCGUUGAUAAGGCACCCACCAAGGCGUCAACCCCCGAUCGCGAGUCAGUUGAACGCCAAAGCAGCGAUCUCAAAGAACAAGUUUCGUCGCCGAAGAAGAAGCGUGCUCACGAUGAGGUCGAUGAGCCCAGAGACGCAACUUCUGACGCAAAUGGCGAUGUCUCUCCUAUCGGUUCUCACGCUGGCGCUUCUCUAAGCCGCACCGAACGGUCGGAGCCAGAGAAAAAGCGUCCUCGAGAUGUCUCGAGCGAGUCCAAGGUGAACUCGGAUGCAAUUGCUGUACCAUCCGAGUCUGAACAAAUUCCGAAGAACGAUAAAGAAGGCGAGAAGCAGGCAGUAUCUACGGGACGUACCAAUCCCGAGAAAGAGAAGGUCGUCACGACAUCCGCUUCUGCCUUUAGCUCUUCUGGAAUCGCCGGGUUCGCUUCCCAAGCCUCGCCCUUUCUACAAGCUGGCUCGACACCUCUAUCCUCCUUCGCCAGCCCCUCCUCUUCUCCGUCGCCCUUUGGUACCGCCGCUACUACGAAGCCUACUACAUCAGUAUUUGGCAGCAGCGCGUCCAACGGAGCAACUUCUCCCUUCGGCCGAGUAGGAGAAGUAACAACAACAUUUGGGAGCACUCCCUUUGGCGGAUCUUUCGCCAGCAAACUUGGGGGCCCUACCUUCGCUAGCUUUGGCAAGCCAGGCGAGUCGUUUAAGAGCAACAAGCCAGCCAAGCCAUUCGGAGCGCCUGUUAGCGAGGAGGAGGAUAAUGACGAGGAGGAAAGCAGCUCUGGCGACGAAGAGGCUGCCGAUAACGAAGACCACGAAGCCGUAGAAGAGAAGGCCGUGGCUGUUGAUGAUAAGAAGAAGCCUAAGCUCCAGCGUGUGGCUAUCGACGACGGCGAGACUGGCGAAGUUACUAUCUUGCAAGUCCGCGCGAAGAUUUUCCACCUGGAUAAGGCCAACUCUGUUUGGAAAGAGCGAGGCGCGGGUAACUUGAAAAUCAACGUACCCGAUGAUUCUGUCACAUACGCCAAAGAUACAGGUCUACCUGUCCCCGGCAGCUUCAAGGCCUCUGCUCUUAAGGAUGGCAAGUCCAAUGUCGUUCGUCUGGUUAUGCGACAGGACUCGACCCACCGGUUGAUUCUCAACACGGCUAUCAUCCCGGGUAUGGAGUUCCAGGAAAAGUCUGGGCUGAAGGCGACCGGUGUGCUGUUCACCGCCCUUGAAGAUGGUGGCGCCGUAAGCAUCCAGCUCAAGAUGAAUGCGGUCAAUGCCAAGAGCUUCCUCAAUGAAAUCGGGAAGAUACGACGCGAACUCCAGUCAGUCUAGAAUGCUACUGAGUCCGUUGCUAUCGUCACGAAAGUCGACGCGGCAAAUAGCGCACUGCCCGAGACUUCAAUCGACCCUGUCAAUGCACCUGAGAACGCAUCUGAUGGCAUCUCCGAUAGCACUCCUAAAGGCACAUCUCACGAUGGGUCUGGUGAUGAAUCCAACACAUCUGCCACCAAGGAGACGGCUAGUAUCAAUGACGACUUACCCGAUUAUGAAUACUACGAGGCACUCGAGGUAGCGUCUUGCGCUGGAACAAACAAUACUGAGGAUCGUGGGGUAUCUGAUGAU